GUGUGGACGAAAGUACAGUCAAGUUCGUGUGAUUGAUACUGACGAGCCAGGACAGCCCACGUCGGCACUAGCCACAUCUGCAAUCCGUCAUCGCCUUUCCCUCCCCCCCCCAAAUGGUGGCGGCGCUCUGGAAAAUCUCCCCUCCUGCUUUCUCGCUCUUUUCCGCCUCUGGAUUCUCCCACUCUCUUCCAUAUCACAUUUAUUCCACUUUUCUCCCCCCCGUCUCUCCCCCUCCUCUCACCUUACCCACGUUACCAUCCAUUUUUCUCUAGACAAUGAGUGUCGUCGGCAUUGAUUUCGGUGCGCAGAGCACCAAGAUUGGUGUUGCCCGUAAUAAGGGUAUUGAUAUUAUCACAAAUGAAGUUUCCAACAGAUCUACCCCCACGUUGGUUGGGUUCAACGCCAGAAGCAGAGCCAUCGGUGAGGCAGCCAAGACGCAAGAGACUUCCAACUUGAAGAACACCGUCGGCAACCUGAAGCGCUUGAUCGGCCGUUCCUUCAGCGACCCCGAUGUCCAGCUCGAGCAGGAGUACAACACUUGUCGCCUCUGUGACGUGAACGGCCAAGCAGGUGCCGAGGUUAACUACCUGGGAAAGAAGGAGACCUUCAAUGCCACUCAGCUCGUGGCCAUGUACCUGACCAAGAUCAGGGACAUCACCUCCAAGGAACUGAGACUCCCGGUAUCCGAUGUCACAAUUAGCGUUCCCGCCUGGUUCACAGAUGUUCAGCGUCGGGCGAUGAUCGACGCCGGUGAGAUUGCCGGCUUGAAGGUCCUGAGACUGGUCAACGACACUACCGCCACUGCUCUUGGCUACGGUAUCACCAAGGUCGACUUGCCCGGCCCCGAGGAGAAACCCCGCCGAGUGAUGUUCGUCGACAUCGGACACAGCGACUACACCGCCUCCAUCGUCGAGUUCCGCAAGGGCGAGCUCAACGUGAAGAGCACGGCCUACGACCGUCACUUCGGUGGCCGUAACUUCGACCGCGCUCUGACGGAGCACUUUGCCAACGAGUUUAAGACCCAGUUCAAGAUCGAUGUCCGUACGAACCCCAAGGCUUGGGCUCGUACCCUGGCCGCCGCGGAGAAGAUGAAGAAGGUUCUCUCCGCCAACCCCGCCGCCCCGAUGAGCAUCGAGUCGCUCAUGGACGAUGUCGAUGUCCGUGCCAUUGUGAAGCGUGAGGAGCUGGAGGUCAUGGUUCAGCCCCUGCUGGAGCGCGUCACGGUCCCCAUCGAGCAGGCCCUUGCCGAGGCCAAGCUGAAGCCCGAAGAUAUCGAUUUCGUCGAGAUGGUUGGUGGCUGCACCCGUGUGCCUUCCAUCAAGGAUGCCAUCACCAAGUUCUUUGGUGGCAAGACUCUGUCCUUCACCCUCAACCAGGAUGAGGCCAUCGCUCGUGGCGCCGCCUUCAGCUGCGCCAUCCUGUCCCCCGUCUUCCGUGUGCGCGACUUCGCCGUGCACGACAUCGUGAACUACCCCAUCGAGUUCACCUGGGAGCAGUCCGCCGAUAUCCCGGAUGAGGACACCAGCCUGACCGUCUUCAACCGUGGCAAUGUCAUGCCCUCCACCAAGAUCCUCACCUUCUACCGCAAGCAGCCCUUCGAUCUGGAGGCUCGCUACGCCAAGCCCGAGAUGCUCCCCGGCAAGAUCAACCCCUGGAUUGGCCGCUUCUCCGUCAAGGGCGUCAAGGCUGAUGCCAACGACGACUUCAUGAUCUGCAAGCUCAAGGCUCGCCUGAACCUGCACGGUAUCCUGAACCUCGAGUCCGGCUACUACGUUGAGGAUGUUGAGGUUGAGGAGCCCGUCCCCGAGGAGAACGGUGAUGCCAUGGACACCGACAACGCCAACGGCGAGCAGCCCAAGAAGACCCGCAAGGUCAAGAAGCAGGUCCGCAAGGGCGAUCUGCCCAUCUCUUCCGGCACCUCCUCCGCUGAGGAAGUCGUGAAGAACGACCUGGCCGAGAAGGAGAACAAGAUGUACAUGGAUGACAAGCUCAUCGCCGAGACCGACGAGAAGAAGAACGAGCUCGAGUCGUAUAUCUACGAGCUCCGUGACAAGAUCGACUCUGUCUAUGGAGACUUUGCCAGUGAGGAAGAGAAGGAUAAGCUGCGGGCGAAGCUGACCGACACCGAGGAUUGGUUAUAUGAAGAGGGUGAAGACACCACCAAGUCCAUCUACGUCGCCAAGAUGGACGACAUCCGCUUCAUCGUGGGCCCCAUCGUCCAGCGUUACCGCGAGAAGGCCGAGGCCGAGGCCGCGGCCAUCCAGAAGGUCAAGGACGAAGAGGCCGCCAAGAAGCGCGCCGAGGAAGACGCCAAGCGCAAGGCCGAAGAGGAGGCUAAGAAGGCUGCGGAUGCCGCCAACAAGUCCGAUGACAAGACCGACGCGGAGAUGAAAGAUGCUUCGGAGGGCCAGGCCGAAGAGAAGCAGUAGAAAGUGUCGCCUAUAGAAGAACCGCCCGCCCUAUAUCAGUGAGGCCGAGGUUCACAAAAUCCUGAUGACUAUGGCCACGAACAAACAAAUCAAUUAUUGACACCAAAAAUCGUCAUUAUUUUUUUACUUCAAUCUUCUUUUUCUUUUUUUCUUUCCCUUUGUUUUAUAUUCUUUUUUACCUCUCGACUUUUACCGCGAGAUUGGCCAGCUGGUGUAGAAUGACUUUGGCGAUCCUUUACGUGACGACUGCCUCUCGGGCCCGAUGCAAAAGCAAUUGACAAACGAAAACAAAACGAUUUGAACUGGAGCGAAAUCCCGUGGGGUUUAUUAGAUGAUGACGGUGUUGGGAUGGAAUGGAAAAGUGAAGACCUAGAUCGAGCAUUGUGCAUAGACCAAGGAAAAGGAGACAUAUUUACUGAGGUUCAUUACGAAUAAUAGGAUUCUGAUUGAUUGUGCUACUAUGUUAUUCUG